AUGUCCGAGAAACUUCUAAUCGCUGGUUCGAGUAGUGAUCCAUUUUCUGUGAUCAUUGUGGAUCCAAGGACAGGUGUCGCCUCUUGGAGUUAUAAAGGAUCUGAAUUACAAGGAGGCGCUGUUGGUGCAGCGGUCCCCCUUGGUAUAAGCGGUGACCACUUACUGGUUUCUAUCAAAGACCGUCCUCUUAUACAUGCUUUCGCUGUCCACCCAAGAGACCGGUACCACCAUAAAGCUGUGGUUGGAGGGACUAUUGCUUCAUUUUGCACUUUUAAGGAUGGAUCGAUGCUAUUCGCUGCAAUUGGAACACAAAUUUUUGUAUGGUCGAUGGAUGUUGCUCAAAAGCUCACACAUAACAGCAAGUGCGUACGAUCUCGAGAAUGUGGCUUCCAGUGCACCUGUCCCUGGCCAACAUUCCCGGCUAAUGAGGCCCAAGAAGAGGAAUUGUCCGGUCUCUGCAAUAGAUAUAUUCACGCAACUGAAAGAUAUUAA